GGGGUUGCGGCGGGAGGGCGCGGCCUGGCGGCCGUUGGCGCGCAGCCAUGAGCCAGCAGCGAGGCCGAGGGGACGCCGGGGACGCUGUCCGAGAGCCGCAGGCCGGGCCCGGCCGUGUCAAGCGUCGCAAGACCAGGGGCGAGCGCAACCGGGCCAAGUUCGGCCCCAGCUUGCGUGGCGCCAGGGCUUAGCACUGCUGAAGCUGAGCUGCUUCCCCAGCCCAUGCAGAGCAGGGACACAGCGCUCCAUCACAGCCACCCCCUCACACCCCCACAGGCCAUCACUCAGAUAUCGUCUUUUCCCUGUUGCCAACCUUGCUCUCCUCCUGCAGUCACCAACUUCUCUGUCCCAGUUCUCUCCUGUUUUCAGCACUGAGACGAAGAAGAGGCAAAGCUUGUUCCCCUGGAUGUCAGAGGAUGAGGAUGACGCACAUCUUGAAAACCCAGCUCCGCAGUUCUGGGUGCGGACCCCCCCACCGCCAUUCAGGCCCACCUCCCCUGCACACUCCCCCAUCUCUCACCCCCGUGUAAGGCACUGCACAACCGAGACAGAGCUGCCACCCCAGCCAAGGCGGAGAAGGGACCCAGCCCCGCACUACUGCCGCUGCCGUGCCCCCCUGCAAGCUGUUGCUCAGACUCCAAGCCCCCCAGCUGUCCUGCCGCCCCCUGUUUUCGGUGCGCAGAGGAGGGAGAGGCAGAGCUGGUUCCCCUUGAUGUCGGAGGAUGAAGACGACACACAACCUGAAAAUUCAGCCCCAUUCUGGGUCCAGACCCCCUCACCACCACUGUUUAGGGGGCGGACCCCCCUCCGCAUCCCCUUGAGGGAGUCAGGCUGCACAUGUCGGGUAGCAUGGAAUCCCAGGGCAGGGGACGCAGCUGAGGGGCAUGGCCAGAUCCGCCCACGGUCCUGCGUACCACAGUGUCACCGGGCAUCGCAGCAUCCCUUGGCAGGGCUGCAAACCCCCCCACAACCACAUCAGUGCCGUGGGAACAGGCAGACACUCCCUGCCUUGCACCGGGGGACAUGUCUUUGUGCUCCCUCCCCACACCACCCCCACAAGCACAGCCCCUGUCCCCACAGCUGGCCGCACCCCACCUCGGACCUCCCCAUGUGCCACUGCUUGCCCCCCACCAGCUACCGGCCGCAGGGCUACAGGGGUCCAACAGAGCCACGGCACAGGGGGUGGCACUUGUCCUGCUGCCCCCGCAGCGCUGCUCCCCGCAGGGCAGGGGAUGGGGACUCCAACCCUAACGCCUGGCUCUUCCCUUGCAUGUACUGAGAGCACAGCAGUGCAGAGGAAGACUAGCUUUAUUGGGGUGCCCCUCCCUGUGCUCAAUAAAGGCUGUUAUGCCCUA